AUGACGGUAAAAACCGCCGCGAUCACGUCCCCGAGGACGCGGCCGACCCGCACGGCCCAGAUUCCAGGCUUGUCGAGCUCCUCGUCGGGCGGCCUUGCCCAAGGCCAUCUCCUCCUCCCAGAUGAGGCCGCCAAAGUACCGGCCGGCCGCGCCGGACAGCAGCGCCCAACCCGCGGACGCCAAGGCCACAAGGCCGGAGAUGGCGGCGAUGACCUCCAUGAGGCCCAUGGUGGUGGUGGUGGCGGCGGCGGCUGCGGUUGUGGCAGCGGCGGCGGCAGCAGCGGUAGUGGUGGUGCUGGUGGUAGUGGUGGUAGUGGUAGCGGCCAAAGCAGAGGCAAAAGCAGCGGCGGCGGCUGUAAUGGCGAUGUUGGCGGCGGCGGUCUCUAUGUUUUUGUUCACAUCAAUCCCGCUGGCGCACAUGGAGGGGGACCAGGCAGCCUUUCUGUCGCCGGCGCAAGGUCUCCUCCAUUUCGCGCUUUUAGCAGCAUUGCCCCGAAGAAGUGCUUCAAAUCGUCGUUUUCGAUAGCCCGGUGUUUGGCGCCGAAAGCCCAAGAUGCCAAAAGUAAAUAA